CCGCGCACCAACCCAGUGUUUCAUGUGGCAAGAGGUCGUCGUCGGCUGCCUCCUCGCUGUCGUCCUCGUCGGCUCUGUCGUCGCCUUGUACACGCACGCACAGACACCGCGUCCGUACGCGUCGGCGUUUGCGCCGCUUCCACGACCUUUGUUGCUUGUGGCCACCCGCGCGCUCAGCGUCGUCUUCUACCUCGUCGUGCUCAUUGACGACUUGAGUGGUGGCGGGAUUCGCAACUACGACUACUACACGUUCUGGAACUUCAACCUCCAAACGAUUUACUUUGUCUACAGCCUCGUCGUCCAAUGGCGGGGUGUACAGCACGACCAUGCGCGCCGCCUCAACACAUUCUCGGACGUUGUCGUCGCCGACGCGCUGCUCGUCAUGGUGGUCUUCUGGGCCAUCCUCUACGAUAGCAGCAAGCCACUUCGGUGGGUCGAAGUCGCCGAGCACGGCGUCAACUCGGUCCUCGUGCUGCUUGAGUUUGGCCUCAACGACUUUGGCGUCCAGACGCGCAGUGUUGUGUACGCAUCGUGCCUUUUUCCUGCGGUGUUUGGUGCAUUUGCGUGGAUCGGGCGCUCGUACUGGCGCGACGACUGGGUCUAUCCGUUCCUCAACGUCACCGACACCUUGGCGCCGCUCUGGUACAUUGGACUCAUUGUUGGUCACGGCGCCUUCUUUGGCGUCGCUCUCGGUCUCGCCAAGCUCAAGCGGUACGUGCGUCAACCAGCAACAACCACCGAUACGCUGCACUCACCGCACUUGUCCGACGCGCUGACCAAAGUAGUGUAACACCGAUCAAAAUUGUACUAGAACGACA